AUGGCCGACCACUUGUACGAGCUGCUCGCCCCCCAUAUACCACCAACCGAGAGAAAUCUGUCUCAGGAUCCGACCACGAUUCAGUAUCUCAAUCGACUGCCUACACUCCCCCUGCAGGCCCUGCAGACUACAGAACCCCAGUCACUCACGCAAUCAGCACAUUCGACUCUUCUUUCUCUUCAAGCGCUGUCCAACCGUUCUCAUAAAACCUUCAUCACAUCCGCAGACAGUUUAUCCAACCUCCAUUCAUCCAUACCCAAUUUAACCCGCCAGGCACAGGAGUUGCGCGAUGGAAUCCCGAAACUCGAUGAGGAGGCCGUUCGGUUCUCCUCGAAAUACAGCCGCGCAGCAGAUAAUGCCACGCUCGAACAGCGAAAGAAGGUCAUGCGACUCUCACGGAACGUGGACCGUAUAUCAGACAUAUUAGAAUUGCCCACAUUGCUCGCAACAGCAGUGUCCUCGGCUGCUGCCAACUCAGGAAACACAGGAACUUCAUUCUCUACGACAUAUUCGGCGGCACUAGAUCUAUAUGCUCACAUUAAGAGGCUGCAGACGCUAUACCCCAGUUCUCCCUUGGUGAAGGACGUAGCCUUACAGGCUGAGGAUGCGAUGAAAGAUAUGACCUCGAAUCUUAUUACCGCUCUUCGUGCCCAGAACCUUCGACUUGCGGCAGCCAUGCGGACCGUUGGCUGGCUACGAAGAGUGGCUCCUGAACUCGAUGCAACGUCUGGUGAUGGCGGAGCUAGGAGUGGAGGGGGUUCGCUUGGUGCUUUAUUCCUUAUCUGUCGCCUAGCGAACCUCGUCUCCACGCUGGAGGCAUUAGACCCCCUCCGGGAACUCGCAGACCAGGAAACACAGCGCAGGACGCGAAGCUCAGAUCAGAAAACUGGAAGUGGCUCAUGGGCCGAAGGUCACCAGACAGAAAAGUAUCUGAAACGGUACAUCGAAAUAUUCCGCGAACAAAGCUUCGCUAUUGUUUCUUUAUAUAAAAACAUCUUUACGCCCGAUCAGUCGGAGACUGAUACAACUAUUCCCGGCUUACGAGGAAUCGAUGCGCGAACCAAGACGGCGCAGUCCGCAACGGAUCGCAAACCUGAUUCUUUCCAAAACCUUCCGCCUCCUCUUGCAACCUUCCCGACCCAUCUAGUUCAACUAUUAACGGAUACUCUGCGCUCGUAUCUCCCAAAUAUUCAAGACAAGACUGCCCGCGAAAGUCUCCUGACUCAGGUGCUCUACUGUGCCGCUAGUCUAGGCCGCCUAGGAGGUGAUUUCAGCAUGAUAUUAACCGAACUUGGUGACGAUGAGGAUGAGGAAACUGAGGAAUUGGCCUAUGAAUGGGAAGAGGUAAUGCGAAAACAUCGUGCAUUGGCUGGGCGCCUUGAGCAGCUCACUGGGGCGAAUCCAACGAGCCCUACAGGGUCCUCGAAAGGCACCUUGCAGGCAACAUCCCCAGCUGCCUCGUAG